AUGGAUGAACGCGCCGAUCGACAGCUCGAUGGGUACCAAGCAGGUCGAGCAAGUGUAAGCAGACAAGGAGAUGGACAACAACGUGAUCAGCUUGCCGGCAUGUCACAAGCACCAGCAAGCCACACACAAAGCAACGUGCUAGGUUCCCAUAGAGGUCAAACUGACAAUCGCCGCAAUGAGGAUCGUGAAGAGAGACACUCUACUACCCGCUCUCGGAGAACCAAUUCUCGUCGCCAAGCUACAGAAAAUCCCUCGCAAGCGCAGUCCACCAACAUGCCUCCUAGGCAGCGUAGACGAGAGGGUCGACCCUCGUAG